AAAACGAGCUGCCAUAUAUUAAUCCUAUAUUCUUUAAUAUAAUAUUCUCCACAUUCGGAUCUAAAUUUCGAACGCCUGUUCGCACAUUUUCUGGAAGACUAUUUUUCCAGGCCAUUCGGGGUCCUCGGCAGACACCGGCGAUCCGUCUCAGCGUGGAACUCGGGGUGCCAAAAUAAUGGCAUCAGAUGUUUAGGCGAGCUAGUAGUUUCAAUUGGUUUUAUUUUUGGUGAUGGUCCCUGAGCUUUGAGCUCGGAAAUGGGGUAUAAAAAGGUCGAUGGUAACCAGCGUUUUUAUCUAUCAUCCUCAUCAACAAGUCACUCGUUCUUCAUACACUCUUCAUUCGUUCUUUACGUCUCUCAUUAAAACACACUUUACUGUUAGUACUUAGUAUCAACGCUCAUUCAAUCAAAAUGCAAUUCGCCGUCCUCUCCACCUUCCUCUUCGCCAUCACCGCUAUGGCCGCUCCCACCCUGAUCGUCGGUUCUGCUCCCGCUGCUGCUGCUGGCGCAGGUGCUGGCGUUGGCGGUGGUGUCAGCGGCGGUGUUGAUCUCGAUGCUAGCGUUGGCGGUGGCGUCGGCGGUGGUGCCGGUGUCGGCGUUGGCGUCGGUAUCUAAACACCUUAAUGCAAGCUGCGAAAUCCAGACGGACGGGUUGGAAUCUUGAAUUCAUGAAUGGAAGGAACACUGGUUGAAAGAUUGGCUGACUGACUGACUGGUGUCAACUUCCUUAAUGUCUUUGUUCAAUGUCUUAUGUUUCUGUUUUAUCUGACUGGAUGUAUCGAUGUUGGAUAUGAAUAAUUGAGUCUCAUUUGUAAGCACGUCUUAAGUAGACAAAGGAAUAGCCCU